UUGAAAGCCGUUUGUUGACUCUCAAACAUUUCAUUUGCUCCCUCCCUCCCUAUAAAACCCAACUCCUCACACCCUGUUUUGUCACCACUCAAAACCUCCACUUUCGCAUCCAAAAUUAAGACAAAAUAUACCAUGGGUUUUUCUGCUACAUCACCCACCGUCGAUCAGGGCGACGGCGCUUCGAUCUCCGCCGUCCAUCCCGACAUAAUCAUGGCCCACAUCCUCACCCGCCUCGACGGCCAGACCUUGGCCUCCGCCUCCUGCACAUCCUCCCAAUUACACGCCUUCUCCACAGAAGGAAAACUCUGGCGGGACAUCUGCUCCGCCACGUGGCCUUCCGUCGCCGAUCCACGUGUCGACGACCUCAUUUCCACUUUCCCAGCCGGUCACCGCUCGUUCUUCUCCGACUCUUUCCCGCUUCUCGACAACUUUCCCUCCCGAUUCGAUCUCAGCCGUCCGUCUUCACCUCCCACCACGGAGCUAAUCUCCGCCGUCGAUAUCUUUUACAAAGACCAGCUGAUUUUCUCCAAGGUUCAAGAGUCCGAGACCGAAUCCGGUUGGUUCCUCUGCUCGCCUUUCCGGGUUGACUUACUUGACCCGAAAGAAACAGUCCCGACACCAAUCCGCCACGUCGGAGAAGACCAGGCGUCGCUGAAGCAAUUAGAGGAGAACUUGAGUUUGAGCUGGAUCGUGAUCGACCCGACCCGGAAGCGGGCGGCGAAUUUUUCGAGUCGGAGGGCGGUUAAGGUGCAGCGGCACUGGUUGACCGGGGAGAUACAGUUGCGGUUCGCGACGAUUUUGGCUGGGGAGAAGAGAGGGGAGUUCGUGCAGUGCGGGAUGGUGGUCACGUGCAAUUGGAGCGAAGGCGGGGAGCUGCACGUGAGGGAGGUGAGCAUGCAGGUGGAGGGCAUGGAGGGGAAUCAUUUGAACGGGAAGGAGAGUUUGGUAAUUUUGGAAAGGGCGAUCGAGGGAGGGGAGAGGAGGAAGGAGGUGAAGGGGAAGGGGAGGUUUGAGGAGUAUUUGGAGAUGAAGAGAGAGAGAAGAGAGAGAAAGGAGAGGAGAGAGAAGACUUUGGACAUGAUAUGCAUUGCCACUGCGGUUACUAUUUUCUUGACCUUUUGGUCCUUCGUCUUCUUCAGAUAGAGAGAUUCAUCAUAUCAACCCAGAAGCAAAAACAGUUGGGUUUGAUUUACAGUUAUUACAGUUUAAUUCUUUAAACGAAAAUACAAAAUUUCAUAUACAAAAUGGAUAUUGAUGAUAUAAUCAUUUAUUUUAUUCA